AUGAAAUAUUUCGGAAUAUUAUCUAAAGAUUAUAAUGAAACGUUUAAAUCUGGUGAAUUUCAUGAUAUUGAAAUAUUAGUUGGAAAGAAACCAGAUACUAAAAUAUUUAAAUUACAUUCUUUAAUAUUAAAAAUACGAUCUCCUUUUUUUCGUAAUGAAUUAAAAAAUAAUAAAAAAUUAAAAUAUAAAAAUAAUAUUAUUGAAUAUAAUAAACCAAAUAUUUCCGUAAAAAUAUUUGAUAUUCUUGUAAGGUAUAUAUAUGAUGGUAUUUUUAAUGUUAAGAAUGACGUUAAAAUAAAUAUCGCACUUUUAAUCGCGGCCGAUGAAUUGCAACUUCAUCAUAUAAGCGAUGUUAUCUCAAUACAUCUUUAUAAAGAUCAAGGAUCAUUAAAACAAAAUUUCGUUCUUAUUCAACAUGUUACAACUAAAUACACUCAAUUUUUUAGAUUAACACAAUUUUAUAAAAAUACUAUCAAACAAGAUCCUUCUAUUAUCUUCAAAACUGAUGAUUUUGUUACUAUUGAAAAAAAUGUCCUACUAAAUCUAGUGAAAAGUAAUAAUUCUUUUAAACAAAUUGAUGUUUGGGAUAAACUUAUGGAAUGGACGAUCGCACAAUCUCAAGAAUUAUCAUCGGAUACGACAAAAUGGACUAAAGAAAAUAUAACAACAUUUGGGAACUUGAUUCAACCAUUUAUUCCAUAUAUUAAUUUUAAAGAAAUUAAUCCCAAGGAUUUCUCUCAAAAGAUUAAACCAUUUAAAAGUAUUUUUGAUAUCGAUUUUUACGUACAAAUUCUUGAAUAUUAUUCUUCAAAUGAAGAAUCUCAUUCAAAAUUUGGAAAUAAUUUAAUGAAUAUAAAUUCUAAUAUUAUUAAUUCUGAUCAUGCUUUUUUACUUGGAAAUUUUAUUAAGAUAGCAGUACAACAUGAUCGUGAUGUUACUUUUGAUUUUGAAUUACUUAUACGUGGAAUUUGAUCUUCAAACCUUUCAUGAUCAUUGUAAUGAAAAAGGUCCUACUAUUACUGUUGUUAGUGUUAAAAAUACCGAUGAAAUACUUGGAGGUUACAAUCCUUUAAAUUUUGAAUCUACGGGAUCUUAUUGUUUGUGUGAGAAUAGUUUUCUUUUUUCUCUAGAUAAAAAUAAAUUAACAAAUUUCAUUUUCAGUAAAGUUGUUGAUAAAUGUCACGCAGUUUAUGAUUAUGGUAUAGGUUUUGGAGAGUAUCGUUCAGAUUUACGUUUAUUAGAAAAUAAUACCAAUGUAGGACAAUGUUAUAAAAAUAGUUAUGAAAAAUUAAUUAGGAAACGCGCGGGAAAAUUUAAAAUUGAUGAUUAUGAAGUUUUUCUAGUUAAAACAAAAUAAUACACACAUAUAUAUGUAAAAGGG